AUGGGGAAGUCCAAGGACACCACGUCCAAGGCGAUCGACCCGAUGGCGCUGCAUCGCAAGCUCGAACCGCUGUACGAGCUCCUCGACAAAGGGAACAACAAGGCCGCGCUGAAGGGCGCGACGCAACUCUUGGCGAAGCAUCCGAACCUCCAGAUCGCGCGCGCGCUCAAGGGCAUCGCGCUGUACCGCUCCGGAAAGAAAGACGAGGGCGUCGCGAUCUGCGACGAGAUCAAGGACGAGGGCCCGGAGGACGACAACACGCUGCACACGCUGCAGGUGUUCUACCGCAACGCCGGGAUGCCGUCCUCGAUCGUGUCGAUGUUCGAAGCCGCGAGCGCGCGCGAUCCGAAGAACCUCGAGCAUCUGUCGCUCUUGUUCUCCGCGCACGCGCGCGACUUCGCGUUCGUGAAGCAGCAGCAGUGCGCGAUGAAGCUGUACAGGCUGACGAACGACCCGAAACACGUCAUGUGGGCGGUGUGCGGCAUCCUCCUCCAGACGAGAGGGAUGACGCGCGAAGAGAGAAGAGACGCGACGCUCACGCGACUCGCCGCCGGGAUGUGCGCGAAGCUCGAGAAGAACGGCGGCGUGACCGACCGCGAGACGCUGCUCGUGUGCGCCAGGGUGUUGCGCGAGUGCGGGAGAGGGCGCGACGCGCGGACGCUGCUCGAGAGCGCGCUCGCGGAGAAGUGCGUGCCGAUGAAGGCGGAGCGGCUUUCGCUGUGCGCGACGCAAGCCGCGGAGGACGGCGAUGUCGACGACGCGCUGGCGCACUGGCGGGGCGUUCUGAAAGAGAUGCCGGACGACUGGCAGGCGGCGAGCUGCGCGAUGGAUCUCACCAUGCGAGGGACGGUCGCCGCGGCGCCGAGGAAGGCGCCCGCGAGCGCGGGAGGGGAUUGGGCACCGGACGACGCGUUCACGGCGGAGGGCGUCCGCGGCGGGGGCGGCGACGGCGACAAAGACGACGUCGCGAGACGCGUCGGCGCGAUGGCGCUGACGUCGCCGGACGGGGAGGGCGUCGAGAGAGGCGAGACGCUCGUGCGCGAGCUCGUCGCCGCCGCGGACGAGGCGGGAGGGGCGAUGAAAGUCGGACGCGGCCCGUACCUUCUCGAGGUGGAGUUGGCGUAUCGAAAAUCGCAGCUGAGGGGGUCGUCGUCGACGACGACGACGUCGCCGCCGCCGGCGGGCGCGUCCGAGGAUGAAUCGCUGCCUGCCGCGAUGAUGAAGUACUGGCGCGAGUUCGGGUACUGGACGAGCUGCGCGAAGGACCUCGCGCCGUACUCGCGGCGUUUACUGGAGACGGACGCGGACGCGGCGGCGGCGGUUCGCGAACGCCUCGCGUCGGAAGCCGCCGCCGCCGCCGCCGCCGCCGCGAGCUCGGACGAACCCGCGAACAGAAAGCUCCGACGCGCGGUCGCCGCGGAGGCGAUACGCGCGCAGCUCGGCUCGUGCGGCGGCUCGUGGCGCGAUCGUCGCGACUCGAACGGAAUCCUCGGUCCGGCGUUGCCGUCGUCCAGCGGAAGAACCCUCGCGACCGAUCUGAUGACGCGGUACCGGGAAGCUCGCGAGGUCGUCGCCGGCGCGGACCCACGCGAGCCGACGCCCGCGGACACGCUCGCGCUGCUCGCGGUCAACGCGCUCGCCGCGGAGGCGACGUCGCACGCCGCGCGCGCGUACGCGAACGGCGUCGGCGGCGAGAUCGACGUCGACGCCGCCGCGGAGGCGACGCGCGCGCUUCUCGUCGCCGCCGCGUGCGCGUCGGAGGCGGUGCGGAACAGCCCGAACCACGCGGAACUCAGGAUCGGUCUGAGCGUGUUGUACACCCUCCUCGGCGCGCACGACGCCGCGUGCGAGACGCACGCGGCUUUAGACUGCAAGAACAUACAGAUGGACACGAUGGCGCACCUGGAGCUGCCGCACUUGGAGGGCGGGGACGACGGGGCCGCGCUCAAUUGGUUCGCCGCGCGAUCGGAUCUGCUCGCGACGGACGCCGGGAAAGACAUCACGGAGAACGGCGUCAAGGCGUACGACAACGGCGUGUACACGAAAGCCCUGGAGUUCGUGGACUUUCACCGGCGUUUGAACACGUCGCACGCGCUGAAGAACGCGGCCGUCGUGAAGUGGCGAGCCGCGUUGAGAGAAGCCGUCGUCGGCGACGCCGCCGCGGGGGCGAAACCGGAACUCGUCUUCAACGUCCUGCGCAAGGUUUUGCGCGGCGCCGCGGACGCGUGCGAGCCUCUUCCGACGCGCGGCGCGGACUGGCCGUCGUCGUGCUUCAACGAGGACCUGUGCACGAACCCGGCGUUCUAUCCCCCGCACGGCGGCCUCGCGUCGCUCGCGGCGGCGGACUGGUGGCGCAGCCGAGGCGUCGACGCGUCGCCGCGCGCGGGAGCGGAGACGCCCGUCGCGGGCGCGCACGACGUCGGCGUCGGCGCGGGCGCGUCCGUCGCGCACCGCGCGCGAUGGCAGCGCGCGAUGCGGCGACGCGUCGUCGAGAUCCACGCGAUGCGCGCGGCGGCGGGCGACGCGGACGCGGACGCCGUCGACGCCGUCGCCGCGGCGGCGGAGGCGCUCUUCGCGACGGACGCCGACGCCGACGCCGACGCCGCGGUCGCGCCGUCCACGCGCGCGUGCGACGCCGCGUCGAACGCGAUGCUUCGAGCGCUUCUCGACAUCGCGCGCGCGGAAGACGACGAAAGAGAAGGUCGCGCGGCGUCCCUCGACGCGCUCGCGGCGUCGAUCGAGGCGAGGUGCGAUGACGUGCGAUCGGAGUUGCGCCGCGGCGGCGGCGCGACGCUCGACGUCACCUGCGGCGGCGUCGUCGCCGCGACGACGCAUCUCGUCUCGGAGAUUGGCGCCGGCGCGUUCGCGACGCUCGCGUCGGCGUCGUCGGCGGCGGCGAAGGGCGGCGCGAACGGCGCCGCGGACGCGGCCGUCGCGAACGCGGCGAGAAGGAUAAAGGACGCGCUCGCCGGCGUCGUCGCCGCCGCGAGCGCGUUCGACGCCGGCGACGCGACGGCGGCGGCGGCGGACGUCUCCGCGCGUUGCGGAGGCGCCGCGGACGAGGACGUGCUGCGCGAGGUUCUGAAGAACGUUGCGGCCGCGCACGAGGAGACGUUCGAGGCCGUGGCGACGCGCGGGGGGAGGCUCAUCGCCCAUCUCGGCGCCAUCGCGGACGCGGAGUAG